AUGGACAAGCUCCUGCUCUCCAAGGAUGUUGAUGCAAAUGCUGUCGACAUUGACGGUCGCACACCUCUAAUGAAGGCAGCGUUAUGGGACCGUUGGGAGAAUGUCGACGCUCUCUUGAAGCACUGUGCUGAUAAGUCCCUGCAAUCAGUUGAGGGCAACUUCCUCCGACGGGCGGCUGAUUAUGCAAAGCCAUGGCCAGAGAAUGAGCGCCGCAGAAAGCAUCCUUUCUAUACAGAAGAUGGCCCCGGAAGAAACAUGGAUCGCAAAUACGUUAUGUUCCUUCUUAGUGAGGACAGAAAGAAACCUGCUAUUCCUCGCCUAGACGGAUUCACAUUCCACCAAACCACUGGGUUCAACACUUCAAUGUCUCUCACAACUCAAUAUAGCCUCCCAAGGAGUCAAAAGACAAUCUCUCGAUUGAUUCGGAGUGAUGGGCUACCAGAAAUUGCAGCAAUGAGCGGUUGGUCACACGGACAAAGCGACACCAUCGACGUUGCAGGGUUUGACGGGACGCAGAAGGUACUGGAAAUCUGUGAAUACAUUGGAUUCCUGUUGGAGCCUAGCCGGUUCGACGGCGGGAUACCAGGGCAGUUUAAUGCCUGCCACGCUGAGAAGCAGCUGGCUGCCUACUUCAUCCACAAGCACUUAAUCUUGUCGAGCGAGAUUCAGAAGCCAGGGGACCCGGUGGAUGAUAUUCUCUUUUCGAGACUGACUUUGGAGGGUUUGCUAAGUACUGAGGAGUGUGAGCGACGGCAAAGGGAGCAGGAGCGGAGAGACAAAGCCAUGGAUUAUGCCACGAAACUACACGCACUGCAAAGAAUCUGGCCUAAAGUCGCGCUGAAGGAUUCUCUGAUCUUGGUCAGCCGCGAGCCGUGCCAUGACUGUCAGAACUUUAUUGAAAGGGUGAAUGAGGCGCUGCGCUUGAAGAUCAAACUAUUACACUUGAUGAACACGAGUUGA